AUGCGUAAAGAUGUUGCCCGGACAGAAAUCUCUUGCAUGAGGCGUGAAUUCGAGAGGGGAGCGAAGCACACGAUUCCGAAGAUAGAUGGAAUGGGCGACGAUAUGGAGUUCGAGUACAUCGGUAACGCUCGUUAUUUGAUUCAAGCUCAACUUGAUGAUCUUGACGGUUGGCUUCCCAUCAUGCGUCUCACUGACGAACUAUGA